GUGUAUAUCCGAUGGGGCAAGGGCAAUCGAAAGGCGAGUUGCUCUACCAGCAAGUCAGUUAUGGGAACUGCGAAGGAAUCAAAGCCCUUCACAGAGAGGGUGCUGGCCUAGAGUGGAUGGACAAAGAAGGAAAGACAGCCUUGAUUGUUGCUUGCAUGAAUCCUGAGCUUUAUAAUGUUGCGAAAACUUUGAUACAACUUGGAGCCAAUGUCAAUGCAUACCGUCCUGGUCGUCAUGCCGGGACUCCAUUACAUCAUGCAGCUAAAAGGGGCCUUGAAAGUAUGGUUAAGUUACUUCUUUUGCAUGGAGCCAAUCCUCUGAUCUUGAAUGAUGAUUGUCAAACUGCUCUUGAGGUUGCCAGGGCCAAAGGGCACAGCAAUGUUGUUCGUGCACUUGAGAGUCAUCUAUGCUUGUUCUCUGGUUGGCUGCGGGAGUUUCAUGGACCUGGGUUUCUAGAAGUUGUAGCUCCUCAGUUGGUAUCAAGAAAAGUUUGGGCGGUUGUUUUACCAGUUGGUUCCAAUGCCAGACCUUUCAAGUUGGAGCUUGCCAUAUAUUCUACUUUGCAGAUGCACAUCCACGUACAAUUAUUGCUCUGUGGAAGGCCAAUUUAG